GUUUUCUUGCAUUUCCUUUUCGGUCAGUGACGGCGUGACACACCCAACAAUCACAUUUAUAUCUAGAACACCAACCCGAAAUGCUUUAUGACUCGCCUGAGACAGCUCAUACUCCCUUCAUACCUCCCCUUCCCUCUCCCGAAAGCCUCUCGCCGCCAGUCAUUCCUGCAGCACCUCAAAACCACAACCCGCCUGCGUGGGCUCAACAGCCCCGCACGGCAGGGCAGUACCCAUAUUACCCCCCGACACCGUAUAAUACCACGCCAUUUAUUCCUCCCAUACCCAGCGCACAUUCCACUCCCGCCAUGCCUCAAAACUCCUACUUCCCCCCUCCUGCAAAUCUUCCAAACAUGUAUGGAGCACCACCUGGUAAUGGAUUCUCGGCUGAUUAUACUGGAUAUCCCAACGGCAACCCUUCACCUUAUGUGCCUACCCAACCUCCUCCUGGCACACCUUGGGCGGCGCCAGGGACAGGGUACACGUUCCAGCAACCGCUACCGCCAGGUCCUCCCGGUUGGGGUCCCCAACUAGGGGCGUUCACGCCCGCGGGAUAUCCUGUGCCAGGGGCAUUUCCUACUCCUGCAGGAGCGUGGGGGAUGCCUUUACCUGGUAUGCCCCCUGGUAUGCCACCACAGAAUAUGUAUGCUGGUCACACACCAUGGGUGCACCCAACUGCACCGCCCCCUGCACAACCACAGCCGCCUGACACCGCUCGUGCGAACUUCCGGUGGACGAGCAGUGCAGACCAUAUCGACCAUUUUGCCGAAGGGCCACAUUACGGACCCGUUCUCGAGCCUUUUCUCGUAAGGGCGGUAUCUGCAACGAUUAGCGUCAAUCCCCUCCUAUCUCCACCCACAGACUCGCAUGAAGACUACCUUCGCUGGAACAUGAUUUUCCCAACGAGUACUUGUUAUCGCACAACUGGGCCAAAGCGUUCAUGGAUCAAAGGGCGCGAGGCACCCGCCACGUUCCCGCGCCUGUCAUACAUCCGCAUCAUCUCACGUUCAUUCCCGUGGAUGAUCUCUGUCAAAGCCAGACGCCAAAACAUUGGUGUGACUUGUGGUGAAGUUAUCGAAACCCUUUCUGCUUAUUUUCACGGGGACGUCGCGAAAAAGGAGUACGAAGGCGUUUCAACCCGUCGCCGACGGGAGAUUUGGCAAGCGUAUCAAUACAACCGCUCAACGGACAGCAACGUCCCUGGCGGCCACCUGGGCGAGCAGCUGAGACGCCUUGAUUGGCUCUGCAGUCAUUCGAGGUGGGGGCGGUCUUGUCCGUAAUGAUGAAUUCAUUAAGGAGGCCUGUGGAGACGUCU